CAGUGCUGAAUUCAGUUGUUCCAGUUGCUGUCGCUAGGAGCUUUCCGCGGUGCUGAAACGACGAUGGUGAGCUGAUUUGAAGAAAGAGAACGGCAUACCCAACGAGAAAUCGACUUAGUGAGCGUUGGAAUUGAACAGUCUCUGUCUAUCAGCUGAUAACGACACCAGGGCAUAGCUCUCAUAAGUGUGGAGCACCUGUGCUGCGCAGUGUGCGAUCCCGAGGUCUCACGGCAAGUGGCUUUUGCAGAGCACGAGCAGUCUCUAUUUCGUUUUAAGGAAAAGUGUUGAUCCCAAGGACAUUCUUUUCUGUUAGCAGAGGACCGCUACUGAAAGGAAGCAUGAGUGCGGCACGAGAUUACAAAGUCGUUAUGAUGGUUCUCUUUGCAAUGAUGACGGACAUAGGCGCUGAAGGCACCUAUUCUGAGGAUGGGACGUCCGUCACACAGAGGGGACAGUCUGAGGGUGGAGGGCCCAGCCCGUACCCCAACACACGGGACACUGACAGAGGGAUCCCCCUGGUGACAACCGCCCCUCCCCUGAAUGUCCCCAACCAUCACACUCUCUACAAGGGCUUCCUCCAUCAGGAGUCCCUCCAAGGACAGCGGCAUUUCUUUGAGGACAGUGGGGGUGUGGUUACCCACCCCACUAUGCCACCCUCAGGUCCCCACUUUGCCAGAGACCCCUCCUCCACUCACACGGCGCCACACAAGGAAGAGCUGGCUUUCUCCGAUGUUGCCUCAACCACUACCAUUGUGGCAACAGCCACGUCACUGUUGGCAACACAGGGUAGCUCUGUUCCAGGGGGGCGUGUCUCUGUGGCUCAGAGAGGGGCGUUGACGAAUAGCAGGGGGAGGAGGACAGAGGAAGAAGCUGAUGCCAUGGAUACCCUGACCACUCCUGUCAUGCACACCUCUGCCCUCCCUCCCCACUCAAACACUCACAACCUGGCUGCUCCUAUGGGUGACAGGCACUCUGAGGUCCCUUCCCCAUCCACCAUGACUCCCCCAGCCUUGACCACUCUAGUGGAGAAGGAUAAAGGGAAGUCAGCAGAACACAACAUGAGCCAUGCCAGUGAUGGUGUAGCGAUGGACACUUCUGCAGUAUCUGGUGAUGUGGAUGAUGAGACCACUACGACUACUAUAACCACAACCACCAUCAUCACCACCAGCCUGCCCAACCCAGUUUCCUGUAUCUUCAACCUGACAGCACCAGAGGGCUACAUAGAGACGCCCCAGCCGUCCAGCUCUCAUUACUACUCCUCUGUGGACUGCACCUACACCGUCACGGUCUACACGGGCUAUGGAGUAGAGAUACAGGUGAUGAAUGUGAGCCUGUGGGAGGGGGAGCGGGUGACGUUUGAGGAUGUGGGGGGAGGGGAGCCCUCUGUUCUGGCCAACGAGUCUAUCCUGUUGAAGGGCCUGGUGGUACGCAGCUGGAGCAACCAGAUCACCAUCCACUUCCACAGCCAGAGAGAGACCCAGCCUGGGUCCUUCCUGCUCAGAUACCAAGCCUUUGUGUUGAGCUGUACCUUUCCCCAGCGGCCAGUCUGUGGGGAUGUGUCUGUGAGCAGCCUCCACUCUGGUGGAGAGGCCUACUUCUACUGUCUGACUGGGUACCAUCUGCAGGGAACCAACACACUGACCUGUCUCAACGCCAGCACCCCCUACUGGAGCGGCACGGAGCCGCAGUGCCAUGCUGCUUGUGGUGGCAUUGUCCGGAAUGCCACGGUAGGACGCAUUGUGUCACCCGGUUUCCCUAGCAACUACAGCAACAACCUGACAUGCCAUUGGCUGCUGGAGGCCCCAGAGGGACAGCGAGUGCACGUCCACUUUGAGAAGGUGGCCCUGGCAGAGGACGAUGACAGGCUUCUGAUCAAAAAUGGGAAGAACAUUGACUCUCCUCCGAUGUAUGACUCAUAUGAGGUAGAGUACCUGCCCAACGAGGGCCUGGUGAGCACCUCCAGACCCCUCUUCAUAGAGCUCACCACUGAUGGAACAGGCACCUCCACCGGCAUCGCCAUCAGAUACCAAGCGUUUGCAGUGGGCCACUGCUAUGAGCCGUUCGUCAAGUACGGUAACUUCACCAGUAAUGACAGCACGUGGGCAGUGGGGACCGUGGUAGAGUUCACCUGUGACCCUGGCUACACCCUGGAGCAGGGCUCUGUCAUCAUUGAGUGCAUGGACCACAACAACCCCCAGUGGAACGAGACUGAGCCUGCCUGCAGAGCUGUAUGCAGUGGAGAGAUGACUGACUCUGCUGGAGUGGUCCUGUCUCCUAACUGGCCAGAGGCCUACGAUAGCGGCCAGGACUGCAUCUGGGGGAUUCACGUGGAGGAGGACAGGAGGAUUAUGCUAGACAUCCAAGUCCUCAACAUAGGGAAGAACGAUCUGCUGACGUUCUAUGAUGGAGAUGACCUAACUGCUACGGUGCUGGGUCAGUACGGUGGCUCACGGCCUCACUUCAAACUCUACACCUCCAUGGCCGACGUCACCAUCCAGUUCCAGUCUGACCCGGCCACCAACAUCUACGGCUACGGCAACGGCUUUGUGGUGCACUUCUUCGAGGUGCCUCGUAACGACACGUGUCCAGAGCUCCCAGAGAUCACCAACGGCUGGAAGAGCACCUCCCACCCUGAGCUGGUCCAUGGCACGGUGGUCACCUACCAGUGCUACCCAGGUUUCCAGCUGGUGGGUACAGAGCUGCUCAUGUGCCAGUGGGACCUGACCUGGAGUGGAGACCUGCCCAGCUGUGAGAGAGUGCUGUCGUGUACAGACCCAGGUACUGUGGAGCACAGUCGCAGGGUGAUGUCCAGCCCGCGUUUCACUGUAGGCUCCACCAUCCAAUACAUCUGUAACAAGGGCUACACCCUCUCUGGAAACAGCCUGCUCUCCUGCUACAACCAUGGCUCCUCCGGACCUAAAUGGAGCGAGAGGCUACCCAAAUGUGACUCGGUGACCUAUGAGCCUUGCAGGAACCCUGGCACCCCAUCUUACAGCACCCAGAUCUCAGAGAAGCCUCUCUACCAGGCCGGGGAGACACUGCGCUUCUCCUGCCUCAGAGGCCAUGAGCUGCUGGGGGAGCCUGUCCUCCACUGUGUCCCUGGACACCCUUCACAGUGGAGCAGCCUGCCCCCUGUCUGCGGAGCCUCCUCAAUGGAGUUUAUGAAUGAACGCAGGUUAGACGCUGCCAGUGCAGACUACAUCAUGGAGCGAUCCAACAUAGCUCUAACAGUCUUUAUACCAGUGGCCCUCAUCAUGGUCUUCCUCAUCGGGAUCUACCUCUACUUCUCUAAGGUUCAGGGGAAGCCUCUGUGUCUUCCCAUGUCCACCUCCUUACCAUAUGACCACAUCCCAGGAGAGUCCACCUUCGACAACUCCCUCUACAAAACAGAGACUAUGAACAACGAGGACACAAGAGAGUAUGAGGUUUCCAUCUAGAGGCACAACUACGUGUUUCAGCAUUGACAGGUCUGGUCUCAAGAUGGUUUGCCUUGUGGAAGUUUGUCUGCACUCCUCAGACCCCCCACCCCCUUCACACCUCACUCCGCUUGCCUCCACCACCUUUCCCUCUGUCUGCUGAACAUGUCUCUGCCCAGCCCACAUUGGCCAUCACUGCAAAGACUGGAAAACAUGAUUCUUUUUGUAGAGCUUCAACAGCAAUGGCCUAACAGCAGUGUUUGUACAGUUUUUAUCCUGAGAUGGUCAAACCCUAAAGACGUCAGUCCAAUGUCGAACCUCACAAAUGGGAAAGCUGAGUUUGUAUCUAGUCCAAAAAAUGGAAUGUGUCAAUACAACACGAUAUAUUUGUCACACAGCUUGUAGGGAAUUUUUAUUUUGAGGCAAGGCACACCACAAAAGAGCUAGAUUGUUCAAGUGAUGAUUGGAGGGAUAUCAUAAUAACUUGGACUCUUAAACCUUUCAAAUACAAUGGACAAUUUAAACAUCUUUUCAUUUUUUUUGUACAAUAGCUGCAAAUUGUAAAGUUGACCCUCUCAAAAACAUGUAAACACACUUCUUUUUUUAUGCAACCUCCUAUUGAUUAAAAACAUCUGAAUGUGCCUUAAAAUGAAGGCCCUUAUUAAGCAAUGUUCAUAUCAUGUAUAUUUCUGAUACUGCAUUGGUUCAUCUGAGAUUAUUACAUUGUUGAUUUCAUAUGGAUCAUAAAAUAGAGAUGUAGGAAUACAAAGAAAAUGUCCUUUAAUUUCUUCUCAUACACAAUUGUAUGUGUGUCUUCAACAUGCUGAUUGAAAGGUAUUCAUGAAUGAUAUUGGAUUGGCAAAUCUUGAAAAAGUCUAUGGCAAAGUGUAUAUAAGUUUUAGUGCCAUUAGUUUUGUGAUGAAAACCAGGGACGGUUAAAGCUAAAGAAGUCACUGUUGUGGAUUGGGGAUUCUUAAAAACUGAUGCAAUGUAUUUGCCUAAAAUAAUAUAGCUUAUUCUAUAGGAGAAUGCAUCACCAUUCAAACUCUAUUUUUUAUCAUUGUCACUUGAUAAUAUUUAUUCACACAAACAGGUGUGAUGACAAUGAUUAUACUUCUAUAAUCUAUUUUUGAUUCAUUGUAUAUACACUGAUUAAGCCAGCUCAUGAACAAAACGUCCUCAAUAAAGUUAUUAUUCAGAAAAAAAUUGA